AUGGAUGUCCGGAAAAUCUCUUUCGCAUUUCAAAAGCCCGAAGAUUCCUCGGAUGAAGGGAAGCAAAUCCCUUUGAAGAUUGCGUUCCUGGGGACACGCCAUCCUCAUGUGAUGUAUCGAUUUGCCAUCCUAGACAAGCUGGGAGGGUUUGAGUUCGUUGGUUUCUACGAGGAAGACUCUGAGAUCGCCUCGAGGCUACAUGAGAGGCUUCCUCAAUUGACCCGAUUUGAUACUCCUGGGGCCUUACUUGAUACUAACCCGGAUAUUUUAAUGAUUCAUGCUCUGGAUCCAGAUGUUCCACGGUGGGCUCGGUAUGCUCUUAACCACCCAGCCCCAUUUAAAGGGCUAUUCCUUGAGAAGCCCGGGGCAGCCAUCCCACAAGACUUCUAUGAGCUUGCCAUGGAGAUCAAAAAAAAGAGGCCGGGUCUUGUUGUUGAACUGGGGUAUGAACUUCACUAUUCGGAAGCUCUUGAAUUUUCAAGAAAGGUGAUCCGAGAUGAGGUUCUGGGAGACAUCACAUCGGCACGGUUUCAUGGAGGAUGCCCCUCUGGCGCAGGAAUGGAUUUGUGGCAGUCAAUUCCUGAGGAUCUUGGGGGAAUCCUGCAGACUGAAGGGUGCCAUACGCUAGAAAAUGUUGUGGAUCUAUUUGGAACACCUGAGCGGGUCAUUUCGUCCAUACGAAAGCUGCCAACAAGACCUCCUCAUCCCGUUGUGGGUUGGAUCCCGGAUAUUUUUACGGGUACCAUGGAGACUGGCGAGUUUGGAGUCGGAAGUCUACUUUACGAAGAUAUCUGCUCUGGAAUAAUGGAAUACUCCGACAAAAACAUCAUACUUGACUUGACCGCCUGGGAGGCUACAGAAUGGUGCAAUGAGUGGGCGAUUGACAUUUAUGGCACAAAUGGGUCAUUACAUGCUAUUCCCGAUUAUCCUGUUGCAACUCUUUUUCUGCGUGAACCCAGGGGGGAUUUCGCAGCUGGUGAGACAAAGAUGACAACUGAACACCCACACGGAAUUUCCAACAUUCCGGGCUGCUAUCGGAAACAACUCGAGACCCUAUUUGCGCGGGUUCGCACUGCCAAGGCCCCGGCGGACGGAUGCUGUGAUCUAGAGACCAAUGUGAAUAUACUGAAGGUGAUCGAUGCAUUCUACAAGUCAGCGGCUUCGAAGCAGUGGGUGGAUGUUUAG